AUGACCGAGUAUACGUUUACAUGGCCAAAGGGUCCAUCCAGUGUUGUCAUUACUGGUGACUUUGACAAUUGGCAAGGGUCUAUGCCUUUGGUGAAGCAAGCAGGAGGCGAUUUUGCAUUGACGAUGCCGCUUCCUGCUAGCGACAAUGACAAAUUCGUGUUCAAAUUUAUUGUUGACGGUAACUGGGUUGUUUCCGACAAGUUCGAGAAGGACACUAGCGCUGGUCCGGAGAACAAUGUGAUCUUUUUGUCCAAGGUGGCUAGUGAGAGCGAUAAGAGCAAUGUUGCUUCCACUUUUAUUCCGGAGUCGGCUUUGAAUGCCAAGGUUUCUCAAAAGCCAAAGGUCCAACCAGCACCAGGGUCCAACAAAAAGGGAAAGAAGAAGAAGGUCAAGGUCAAGAAGAGAAUCAGAAAGGAUAAGAAAACUGGCGAACGUACCGUUAUUUCCGAAGAAAGAACGGAAUUGAACUCUGAAGAAGGCGAAGAGUACAGCGAAGAGGUCUCUACUACUGCUACGUCCAAGGAGGUCACCCCUCUGCCACCUCAAACAGCAAGUACAGAUCCAGUGGAAGACUCAGAAGCUGCCCCUGUUCCAACUGUAAUGCCAUCUAAGGAGAACCAGCAAAUCACCCUUGGCGAACCUGGCAUUGCUAUUGUUUCUAAUGCUAAUGAAAUCAAGGAGUUCAGAGAAGUCAGAGACGUAGACGCUGAAGAACUCAACAAGCAAUUGAAUGCUGAGUUGAAGGCAAAGGAGGCUGCUGCUGCUGCUGAGCCUGCUCCAGAAGCAGAAAAGGAACCAGAAACAAAACAAGAACAAGAACAAGAGCAAGAAGAAAAACAAGAACCAGAACUAGAAAAGGAACCAGAGACAGUAGCCGAAUCUACCACCGAACCUGCAGUUCAAACAGAACAACUAGAAAAGGAAGUCAAACCAGAAGAAGAACCAAAGGCUGUAGAAGAACCAGAGGUUGUAGAAGAACCAAAGGUUGUAGAAGAACCAAAGGUUGUAGAAGAACCAAAGGUUGUAGAAGAACCAAAGACUACUGAAGAUGUGGAUUUGACUCAGAGAACUUUGGAUCCAAAGGUCGGUGUCGAACCUGCCACUGUUGAGGACGCUAACGUUAAGUCCAAGGUUGAAGAAGUUACUGAUAAGGCCGUUGCUGCUAACGACAAGGUCGCUGAAACUGUUACCGAAGAUUUGAAGAAGAGCACCCAAGAUGCUAAGAAAGCAGCUAGCGAGGCUGUCGCCACAACACCAUCUAAACCUACUAAGUCUGAAAAGCCAUCUCGUUCAGCAAAGGAGCCUGCAAAGGAAGCAGCCAAAACCGCCGUCAAGACUGACAGGAAACCAGCUGCCACUGAAGAGAAGAAGAAGAGGGGAUUCUUCUCUAAGUUAAAGAAAAUAUUCAACUAA